AUGAUUGCAUUGGAGCACGAACAAAUGCCUAAAGAGGAGCGGGUGCCCAAAGCGGAACCUACGACGUCACACCCAAGGACGCUGACGAGGUCGAGCGCGGUCAGUCAGAAAUCCGUCGAAAUCACAGUCCAUCCUGAUGGUUCCAACAAUCCGUUGCACAGGUCGAAGUUAGCGCCAACUAGAUCGACGUCAGAAACGCAGAGUACGGGUAAGAAAAUGUUGAAUUUGAGGAAAACGAAGAAUUCGUCCAUUGAGUCAACAAUGAGCCUUCCGAAUCAGAAGUCGUUGGAGAAGAAGCACGGAAGCCUGCGGCAUCAGAAGGCGAUCGGGGCGCAUUCGGACAUCACGCUGAGCACACAGCCUUCAAUCACGGAUGACAGGAAGGCGCUAAGAGAAGCUUUAUACCAGGGUAUAUUUCAUAGACACAGAAGAACCAUAUUCGCAGUGGGGUCGUUCCUUAGAAUGCUUAGGAGCAAAACUUCGAACUACGACUCCAUAAGGUCUGAUUCUGACGAAAUUUAGCACCCGUAGUUUAAAUAGUGACUGUUAAUAUUUUUAUAGUAACUUAUUGGUGCCACUGACGUUCGUGCUUUGGGUAGGUAUGGACAAACCAAUUAAAAUGUUGUUAGAUAGCGUAGUGUUUAAGCAUAUUUGUUUUAUUUUGUAUUAAAUGUUCCUAUAAUCAUUUGUGAUUCUGUUUAGCCCCGCUUCGUAAAUGUAACUGAAUAUAAGUACAGUGGUUGUUAUAUAUAUAGUCGCAAGUAUAAGGUAUAUAUAUGUUAUACGAAGUGACAUAGAGCUAUUCAUAUGAAAUCUGUAGAGAUACUGAAACUAAAACCAAUUUUUUAUAUAUAUAAAAAUAUAUAUUCAAUGUAAAAAAUUAAAUUGCAGGCGAAUCUUUUUUUUUUUUUUAGUUCUAUCUCGUUAGGCGUGUUCGGAGCGCCACAUCCGCGAAUAACUCACGCUUACAUGAGAAAGAUGAAUAUACAAAUACUUAAAUACUUUAUGUUCAAUUUUAUGUUAAGUCCCAAAUUAACAUGUUUUAUUUACUUUCAUUCAAACAAGAUUUUAUUACAUAAAAAUUCGAAUACAUAAACAAACAUUUGUAAAACAUAUAAUAGUUCCUCAUUAAUACUACUCUUUAUUGUAUUGUGACUUAAAACUAAAGUACGUAAUAUAAAAAAGUAUAAUGGACAAUUACAAUAUCGCGUGUCUAUAAAAGUAGCCAAGGUUAUACUUUAUUAUAACCGAAAAAAAAGCUAUGAAAGUCCAAUAAAACUUUUUGAUUUCAUAAAACUCGGUUGUAGUUCUUAUGCCAACGUAUUAAGGUUCAACUUUAACUAAGAAUCCUUGAACGUAAAAUCAUGUGGGCAAAUAUAUAAUAAUAUACGUGUACAAUAUAGAAAACAAUUUAUGUAGAAAUCUCAAAGGCGCGCAGUGGUUAGCGCGCUUGGCCUGUGAUAGUGGCGGUUAAGGCACUCUCUACAUGGUCGGUCAUUGGAUUGGUGACCAAAAUUAUCUUUUCGACCGUAAAGCCGUUGGUCCCGGUUGUAUUUGCAGUCGUUAAAACCCACUGAUCUGCAAUGGGCCUGCGUGGCAAACUCCUUAUCCAUCCGUAAGGUAGGCCAGUUCAAUAUGAUAUGUAUUGGAACUAUACUAUAUUCUUAUAUGAAAAGAAGUACGAAGUACACAUGUUUUUGCGGUUUUCACCAAUAGAUAGUGUGAUCCCGAGGCAGAUUUAGGUAUAUACUGGUAUCAAACCCAAUACCUCCUAAAGACUACUUGGGUACAUCAAAACAAGCAACUGUUAUUCGAUACUUUUCGUGAUUCGUAGUUUUUUUUUUUCAUAUAAAAAAAUACAAUCUAAUUUGCGAUUCUACACAUCUUAACUCUAUAUAAUAGCCAAGCAACACGAGACAGUACAGUAGCGUUAUGUAGCGGAAUCGAACAUAGAGUUAACGUUUUAUAGAAACGACAUUAAAACAAAAAAAAAGAAGGAAAA